AUGCUGGAGAGACGGAAAGGCGCAUUCGCGUUGGACGGAAGGCUGGGAAACCACCCCGCUAUGGCUAGGAUACGCACCCGCGAGGGCGUGCAGCCUAUCGCCCUGCCAAUGCGAGGCUCGUCACCGGCUAAGAAAGCGGUGAUGGACGAGCAAGUAGAUAAGUGGUUUGAACAGGACGUGAUUGAGGCCUCGCGCAGCCCAUGGAGCGCACCCGUCGUCAUCGCCUACCGCAACGGCAAAGCAAGGUUC